GCCAUCUCUCCUCCUCAUCUCUCCUCCACUCACUGGCCACAUAUCCUCCUGCUCUUCUUCUGGCCACACCGCACGCUCGUCUGUGCAAUUCACAUCAACGUGUAUUUGCAUUGUACUUUGCCUUUGGAUACAGUAUUGGAUUUUUUGCAGCGCUUGCUGUGUGCUCGCGGUCUCCUCAGAGACCAAACUAAAGGAUGGUCAGUCAGCAGAAGUGUUGGGAAGCCUUUAUUUUUUCGCUGCCAACCUUUUAAUCGCUCUGGGGCGAAAUAAACCUCGCUGACAGAGAAUUUAGUGCACGUCUUUCUUUCUUUUUUUUUUUUUUUUCCUUCCUUCGCUUUCUCUUUCCAAUAUGCAAUUAUUGUGCGCGGAUGGAGGUUACUUCCCUCAGAAUUGAUGCCAAAUACUGAAAAGUGCAAUCUGCGUGUGAGAUUAUCUGCGGAGCUGGGAGAAGUUUGACUGCGCAGCGUCUUGUGUGGAAUGGGCGAUGGAAUGUGCUCCAGCUUUGCAAUGAGACGUCUGUGGGUCUGUAUCUUGCUUGUGAGCAUCACCUGCCGUCUGAGCCUCUCCCAGGAUGUAACUGGAACUCCCAAAGAGGCAGAAUUAAAUGACAACAUCACCAUCUUCACACGCAUCCUGGAUGGACUGCUGGAUGGUUAUGACAACAGACUCCGCCCCGGACUGGGAGAAAAGGUGACGGAGAUCAAAACCAACAUCUUCGUCACAAGUUUUGGACCAGUGUCCGACACCGAGAUGGAAUACACUAUUGACGUGUUCUUCCGCCAAAGUUGGAAAGAUGAGAGACUUUGCUUCAAAGGCCCGAUGGAGAUGCUUCCCCUGAAUAAUCUCCUGGCCAGUAACAUCUGGACGCCCGACACCUUCUUCCUCAACGGGAAGAAAUCCAUCGCCCAUAACAUGACCACACCUAACAAGCUGCUGCGGCUCAAAGACGACGGGACUCUUCUCUAUACCAUGAGACUGACUAUAUCAGCAGAAUGCCCCAUGCAACUGGAGGAUUUCCCCAUGGACGCCCAUGCUUGUCCCCUUAAGUUCGGAAGCUAUGCGUAUCCGGUCUCGGAAGUGGUCUACACGUGGACCCAGGGAGCAGCCAAGUCAGUGGUGGUGGCGGAGGAAGGCUCUCGGCUCAAUCAGUAUCAUCUGAUCGGUCAGACCGCGGGGACGGAGGACAUCUACACCAGCCGAGGUCAGUACACCGUGAUGAUGGCUCACUUUUACCUGAAGAGGAAGAUCGGCUACUUUGUCAUCCAGACCUACAUGCCCUGCUUCAUGACCGUGAUUCUGUCCCAGGUUUCCUUCUGGCUCAACCGGGAGUCUGUGCCGGCGCGGACUGUGUUCGGUGUGACCACAGUGCUCACCAUGACCACUCUCAGCAUCAGUGCUCGAAACUCGCUGCCUAAAGUGGCGUAUGCCACGGCCAUGGACUGGUUCAUCGCCGUCUGCUAUGCCUUUGUCUUCUCUGCCCUCAUUGAAUUUGCUACGGUCAAUUAUUUCACCAAGAGGAGCUGGGCCUGGGAUGGAAAAAAGGCGAUGGAGGCCCAACAGCCCAAGAAAAAAGAUCCUCUGGCUCUGUCUAAAAAGCCAAACAACACCUGUUCAGCCGGUGUGAAUUACACGACCAACCUUACAAAGGACACGUCUAUCUCCACCAUUUCAAAUAGCACAGCUGUUCAGCUCAAACCGUCUGAAACCAAGGCCCCAGACCCCAAAAAGACUUACAACAGCGUGAGCAAGAUUGAUAAGAUGUCCAGGAUAGUGUUCCCAGUUCUGUUUGGGACCUUCAACCUGGUGUACUGGGCCACGUAUCUCAAUAGGGAACCCGUGAUCAAAGGAGCUGUGUGAGCUCUGUGAUGAGGGUUCAUCCUCCUGACAACCACUUCAGGAUUUGAUAACUGGAACGCAAUCAAAAACAAUGCCAAGCACUUAGUCCUUGUAUCAUAGAUGUGUUUUUUUAGGUCACUGGGUUACAUUGCAUGUCUGUCGCUUCAGGAAAAUGUUGCCAUGUUUGCCUUGAGUUUGUACAUGUAGGAUUAACAACUUCUCCUUGAAAUUAGUUUAGUUUAUCUCAUUUCAGAACUUAGUCACUGAUUCAUUUCUGCCAACUUUUGGAUUUUUGAAAUGUUAGCAUUUGGCAUUCACAUUUUCUCCUCGAGUCUACAGUAGAUGAUGGUAAAGCAAGGCCAAAUGCUAUGCAAAAAACAACAUUUUUACUGUGUUAAUACUAAAAAAAAAAAAACGGCUUUUAUCUUUGUAACUCUUACUUUGUACAAAAUGGGCUGGAAGUCCAGGUAUGCGAGGCUGGGCCCUGGCACGUGGAACUUCGCUUCCUUGUUAAAAGCAGAUGAAUAGCCAUGCUAAAUGUGUUGCCUUCAGAGUGUGAUAACUCAUUAUGAAUGCACUGAAAUCUGAUGCAACUACUUUUUCAGAAGCCAGUGUGAAAACGUUCAUUCAAAUGACGACUCUUGUUGAUCUCUGUUAUUGUUAUUAUUUUUCUGGAUUCAGAAUGGCCAGUUCCCCAUUAAUACUGUUUUUUCUGUUUGUGUUGAGAUUUAACAGGGACAGAUCUCCAGCUAAAGUGACAGUGGCAGCUUCUGUUCCCAGGUCACCGUGUUAAGGAAUCCUGUAUGUAUGUUUGUCUGUGUGUAUGACCAUAGUUGAAUAAACAUGUAUAUAUGCCCUGCUUUUAGAAAAGCAUCACUAAGCCAGUAAGGUUAGCUUCUAUGUUAUGCAUAUACAGCAACACAGUGUUACUCUAGUCUAGUGCUUCAUUGACUGGAUAUUGAAAAAAGAGCAGAAAAGCUUGAGCUUUAGCAUUUUUGAAUAUAUAAUGCUUUUUUAAACAUUUUCUUUUUUCAGAUAAGUUUGGUGUUUCCAUAAGCUUUGAUGAUAACUUGAUAAAUAUUUGGAUGCUAUGAGCAGGAUCACUAUUUUUGUCAUAAUUAACUUCUGUCGUUAAGAGACUGAGCUCAUCAGGUUUUCAAGCUUAACAGAGACAGAAAGUCACAAUGACAAGGUUGUUGAGCAUUUUCAGCAUCGUCAUUUUAAAUCAUGUUACCGUUGCUAUUUUUAGGAUUUUCAGGCAAAAGUGUCAGAUCAGGUAUUAAUAUGAAUUUGUUGUUAAAUAGUGAAGUGCUACCUUAAAAGAAUAAGUUCGACAUUUUGAGAAAUAUGCUUAUUAUGCCAGUAGUUAGAGGAGAAGAUUGAUACCACUCACAUGUCCGUUUAGUACAUAUGAAGCUACUGGUUAGCUUAGCUUAGCAUAAAGACGGGAAGUAAUCAAUUAUACUGCAACUUUUACGGAAAUUAGCUUCUAUGAUUUAUGUCGGUACGAUAAAAUAUGAAGCUGUUGCAAGACAACAGUUAGCUUAGCUUAGCAUAAAGAAAAGAGGGAACAGCUAGCCUUGAUUAGGGGAAAUCCGCUCGCUAAUUUAACAUCUUGUAUCUCAUUUUUAUUAUACUGUACACACUGGACAGUGACUUCUGAUGACUCCAACAGGCUGUUGCAUUAGUUUGAAAGUUGUAGAGGAGUUACGCAUUAAUUUGAACUUGAAUUAAACAAAGAAAAAGCUGCAUCUUAUGAUCACAACAACAGUUUUUGUAUAAAUUUAGGUUAGGAUGAGCUGUUAAUGAUUGACUUUUAGUUGUGUUGUUAGGUGUGUUUACAGAGCCGGGUUAGCCGUUUCCUCCUGCUGAGAUGCUAAGAUAAGCUAACUGUUGUUGGACCGUAGCUUCAUACAUGUACAGACAUGAGACUGGUAGGUAUUCCUUUAAUGGAGCCCAAUUUAAAACACUUUUAAGGUCACCAUAAGACCACAUAAAGCUUUUUGCAUGAUUCUCACUGCAAAAGGCUGCAUGUACAACAGGUCAGCAGAGUUGGUUCUGCAGUCUUCAUCGUUCUCCCAGAAUGACACUUUAAGCCUCUUGUCUCUAUGGACAGUUUAAAUAUGAGCGUGAUCUACUCAUGUGACUUUAUGCCUUCUGUGUGGCCUGCCACUAUUUAAUAUGUUUAUGGAGCACACCAGUUGUAUUGCAUUAUUAUUACAUUUAAGGGAAUUUUAGGUCCAGCCUGUUCUUUAAAUGCAAAUAUCUGAAGCAAUAAAUAAUGCUCAUAUGAAUAAUGGUUAUGGUAAUAUGUUUGAAUCAUUUGGCCUUCAUUUUGUUGAUGUCUUUUUAUCCAGAUGUUAUCCCUUUUUCUUUUUUUAAAUAUUGCAUAUACUCUGAUUCAGGGGCGGAGCCAUAUUUUGAAUCUAAUUGUUCUCUGUCUCCAUCAUUCUGAAACCACAACACAACAGAUAUGGCCAGUGACUAAAUUUCACUACUGUCACAAAAAGAGGCAAAAAUUGUCUGAUGUGACUAUUUUGAAUUUACAUGACACAGGUGGGGAAUGAAUUCGGCACAAACGGCAUCACUAACCUAUUUUCGUUACACUCACAGAUUUAAUGUUUAGACGACAAAUCUACAUUUAAAUCCAGACCAUAAUAAUACGUGCUGCUCUAACUGAGCAGACAUCCACAACAAAGCCAAGUAGAUGUCUUCAUGACUCUGAACUGAAUAUUACAGAAGAACAUUUACUCUAAUGAUUUGAAUGACAUUUAUUUAAGGAAUAGCGUCAUAGGAUAAACAUCAUGGACAUGUACUGUAAUAUUAUCAGACAGUAUUUUAUUUGAUCUACUCCAGAUCACUCUGUUCACAUUCCCUCCUCUUUCUUCUUCUUUCACUCUCUCAGCUCCUUCUCAUCUGUCCCUGGAAAUGUCCUCCACUCAAAGAAAAUAUAAAACAAAAAGUUUCAAUAUUUCUGAUCAUAAACUGAAGAUGUGAAAAUAUUAAAUGCGUAUCUUAUUCUCUUAGAUCAGCUCCACCUCCACUCUCCUUUCCUCUUUUCUUCAAUCCCCGUCAACACAUUUUCAUCUCCUGUCCAUGGAGGUAAAUUUGUCUCAGUGAUGUAAAUGUGUAAUCUGUAAAUAUAAAACACCUGACAAGGAAGUGACAUCCUAACCGAUGACCUGCCUUGAUCAGAGGACUGAAAGAUUGCAUUUUCAUUUUCAUUUUGACCCCAAAAGAGCAAAUUGGAUUAUUGCAUUUUCGUUUUUUAAUUGUCUUUACUUUGCUGGACCGAAGAGCAGCAGGAGAACAGGUGUGCUAACUGGGCAGCUCACACAGGUGCCUUGAGUGUUCUUUGUUCUGUGUCCUGAGCUCAUUCUCUGUUUCCCCUUCAGCUGAGCUGCUUCCCUCUGUCAUUUCACCUUUGUUCCUCAGUGCGUUGAGUGAGUUCAUUUCAUUAUUCCACAAGUCAUGUUUAUUUUGUUGUUAAGUAGUACAUCUAAUCUCCUCGGUUUGUUCUCAUAUGAUUAUAUAUUUAAAGUGAGAAUGUAUUGAUUUACUGAUUUUUGAUUUAGAAUUGCUCAUUGUUGUUGUUCAUUCAAGAUAAUAUGAUAGAAUUUGACCUGUAUCUGCACUUUCUUUUAUUUGUAGAAAUAUAACCACUCACACCUGACUGACUGCAAGCAAAAGAUUAAAUACUUUGAAAUGGAA